AUGGGUGCUGAUGGCCGCGGGAAUGACCUGCAGGAGUGUGGCUGGAUGGAGAGCCCCAGGAGGACUGUGGGAGCUCACCUGGACUCUGGAGGGGCUCACAGAGGCUGGAAGGGCAGAGGUUCGAUUCCCCGCCAGGGCACACACCCAGGGUGCAGGUUCCCUCGCUGUUCGGACUGGGCCUCCGCCAUCCGAGUGGCUGCCCUAGACUGUGCGGAGGAGAGGAACCACGAGGUGUGCCAGGCCUACAACAUCCACUUCUACCCCAGCUUCCGCUAUUUCAAAGCAUUCACAAAGGACUUUACAACUGGAGAGGAUUUUAAAGGACCCAACAGAGAGCUGCAGACCGUGAGACAAGCCAUGAUUGACUUCCUGCAGAACCACACAGAUGCAGACAGGCCUCCUGCCUGCCCAGCUUUGGACCCUGUUCGGCCCAGUGACAUUCUUUCUCUCAUUGACGACCGUGAUGGCCGCUAUGUGGCUGUUCUGUUUGAGAGCAACGGCUCGUAUGUUGGACGAGAGGUGAUUCUGGAUCUGAUUCCUUACGAGAACAUCGUGGUGAAGAGAGCACUGGACACGGACCGAGCCUUCCUGGAGAAACUUGGCGCUUCUUCUGUUCCUUCCUGUUACUUGAUUUACCCAAAUGGGUCCCACGGGUUCAUUAACAUUAUGAAGCCUCUCCGGUCGUUUUUUUCCUCUUAUUUGAAGUCGUUGCCGGAUGUGAGAAAAAAAUCGCUUUCGUUGCCUGAAAAGCCAAACAAAGAAGAAAAUUCUGAAGUUGUGGUGUGGAGAGAGUUUGACAGGUCAAAACUGUACAUGGCGGACCUGGAGUCAGGACUGCAUUACCUCCUGAGGGUGGAGCUGGCCGCCCACAGGACACUGGCUGGAGCUGAGCUGAAAACACUCAAGGACUUCAUUACCAUUGUUGCCAAGCUGUUCCCUGGCCGGCCACCCGUCAGGAAGCUGCUGGAGAUGCUGCAGGAGUGGCUAGCCAGCCUGCCUCUGGACAGGGUCCCCUACAAUGCCAUCCUGGACCUGGUCAACAACAAGAUGCGGAUUUCUGGAGUAUUCCUUACUAAUCACAUAAAGUGGGUUGGAUGUCAGGGAAGCCGACCGGAAUUGAGGGGUUACACCUGUUCUCUCUGGAAGUUAUUCCACACUCUGACUGUCCGGGCUGGGACCCACCCAGAAGCGUUGGAUGACACAGGUUUUGAAGACGACCCCCAGGCAGUGCUGCAGACCAUCAGGAGGUACAUCCACACCUUCUUUGGGUGUAAGGAGUGUGGUGAGCACUUUGAGGAAAUGGCUAAAGAAUCCAUGGAUUCUGUAAAAACCCCAGACCAAGCCAUUCUCUGGCUUUGGAAGAAACAUAACCUGGUGAACAGCCGCCUGGCAGGCCACCUGAGCGAGGACCCCAGGUUUCCAAAGGUCCCAUGGCCCACUCCGGACCUCUGCCCAGCCUGCCAUGAGGAAAUGAGGGGCCUGGACAGCUGGAAUGAAGACCAGGUGCUGCUGUUCCUGAAGAGGCACUAUGGCAGUGACAACCUCAUCCACACCUACUCUGCGGCCCUGGGAGGUGAGGGUGAGGAUGGCCCUGCAGGUGAGGCCCAGGAGCAGGAGGGAGGCCUCGCCAACCCAGGCAGGCCUAGAGACCGCGGGGCCCAGAGCCUGCUGCCCCCCACCCCUCGCCUGUCAGAGAGGCCGCACCAGGGACUGGCCGGCCCUGGCCCCGAGGGCCGCAGGGAGGCUGAGGUGGCCGCGCCCUUUCUGGGGAUGGGCUUCUCCAGCCUAGACAUGAGCCUCUGUGUCGUGCUCUACGUGGCCUCCUCCUUGUUUCUGAUGGUGAUGUUCUUUUUCUUCCGAGUGCGAUCCAAGCGGUGGAAAGUCCGGCUUUACCACCCAUCCGUGUAGAGCUGAACAGGCCUGGGACAUGCCUGCAGCUUCCACGUUUCUGAUCAGGGAUUUAUAGACACUCGGACCUGCUCUCACAGGUGGCAGCUUUGGUGUCCGGGCUGGGGACUGUGCACUCCUGGCAGACUCAAUGACGCCUUUGACCGAUGCAUAGCAAAACUACUUCUUUAUUUUUACUCUUCUAGGGGGUGGGGAUUCCAGGCCAAAUGAACAAAAUGUUUUGUGCCCACUUUUGUCUCGAGUUUACUGAACUCCAUGUCCCUUCCACAAGGCCUUGUCUUGGGAUUUGAAGAAAAACUCACCCGGUCCCCCCACUGGGAGGGGGAGGGUGAUUAGAUGCAGCCAUGGACUGGCGCAGAACGGGUACUGGAUUUCUGGCUUUGCUGCAUUUCAAGAAAUAACCCCUGCCAUGGGGUGGACCCGGUGGUUGGAAGGGACGGUGGUGGCUCACCAUAUUCUUCAGGGACAGUGCCUUUGCUUAUUGUUUGUCAUUCUGGUGAUGAGAGAGCUAAGUGAGCGAGGGCCAUCCCAGUCUGCCUGUCCUCCCUGGGCAGUUAGGGAAACCUCCGUGAGCUGGAGAGCAGAGCUCUCACCUGGGGCCCUGUGUCACCCAGCACCCACAGCCCCUGCUGAACUAACUGCCCAGAGCCCAGAGUGGGUGGUACACGGGUGGUCUCCCUGGCACCUGUAAGGCCAAACUUUGUCUGCCCUGAAGAUGUUUUAUGCAGGGCCCUGGCACAGAGCCCAUUCCCCAGGCUUUGGUGAUUAAUUAUUUAUCAUUUAAUGAUUUUAACACGUUAUUUGUAAAACCCAAAGCAUUUAGAGGUAAGUGAACACAUAAACAAAGUCUGCCCAGGGCGUUUCCAUUGAGACCCUUAUACAGCAGCUCAGCAGUGUCUGCAUCCCUGUGUGUGCCCGUGUCUUCCCCGUGUCUGCCCUCAGUGUCUGCCCCCGUGUUUUCCCCACGUGCCUGUGGCAUGUGAUAGUGGAAGGUAGUUUUCCCCACUUUGCCUGUUUUGUACUUGUGCUCACUCAUUGCAGCUGAUUGCGAGUGUUUGUAAGACCACUGUCACACCCAUGUCUCUGCUGCAGCGUGGGGGAGGUGGACAGCUGGUGCCUCUAGCACUGUCAUUAGCUUGGUGCCCACCUGAGUGGAAGGCGUGGCUGCGGAAGCCAGGAGCCCUGCCCUCUGACCUUUCUGCUUGCUUCUCUGCCACCAGAGGUUUCUUGUUGGUUGAUACCUUUUUAACCCCUAGAAGCCUCUGGUUUAAAACUCACAUAUCGUGUGUGCCUGGGUUAUUGAAGACAUGAUAUUGUUUCUUUUCAACUUGAAAACGAACAGAUUUACACAGAGUUCAAGGGAAACAGAGUCAUUCAUUAAGCUGCCUUGGCUCGUGUGGAAUGUCUUUUUCUCUGUAAGCUGUGUGCACCAUCCUACAUCAAAACCCACUUGACAGACAAUGUUGGCUUUUAAGGUUCAUAGUAAUGUUGCAGUUAGAGUUCACCACUGUUUGAGGGACACGUUUAUGACGUCAGGAGGGGCAAGGUUUCCAGUAGACUGUUAGUGGUCUGGGAAGUGAUGGGCCACGGGGGCCAUGGGGGCCACUUGCCUGCAAGUGUGAGCAGUCUUGCCCACCUCACGUGGCCUGCUCAUAACUGGAUGCUACCUUUAGGUCUCUUUUCUAAAGUUGUAAGUAUUGAGACAAUGAAUAUAAUAGUUCAGUAAUUUAAAUGUAUUUAUUUUUAAUGGAAGAAUUUUGAUUAAAAAGCUAUUUGACAUGGAAGUGUCAGUGAAAUUUCUUACGUGCAAAGAAAGUGAACAUUUUGUAUUUAAGUAAACUAUAAUGUGCACAUUUUGAAAUAAAACUGACAUUUGAAAAAU